CACAUCUUCCCUUCUGUCCCUCUCUCCUCUGCUUCACCUUUGCAGUGUUUCUCCCUUAUUUCUUGUACUUGCCAGAGGCACUUUUCACUUCUGCUCCUCCUCUCCCUUCCUUGCCUCAGACACUCAGGGGCCUCCCUUUCUUGCUGCUUCACACAUCCAUUUGCACUCUUCCCUUCCCUUUCUUCUUCCCUUUCCCCAUCUCAUGCAGCUUCACUCCUCUUCCUUUGCACCUUGCACCUGCUCAAUGCUUCUUCUCCUUCCUUGGCCCUCAAGCCCAGCUGGAGAGCUAAGGCCAGUUCCUCCUGCACAGCUGUUCUCACCAUGUGAUGUAUAUAGUAGUUCAUACUACUAAAGGUUUAAAAUCAAUAAGGAUAACACUUGGCAACUUUCAUCUGUUCCAUUUCAGGGAAGGAAAACACCAGGUUCAAUUAAUGUAUGGCACCUCAGAAAAAGAUAUUUAUAAGAACUUAUCCAGCUCAAAGGAAGACAUUGAAAAAUUCCAAAGUGGCAUGGAGGAUGCCUGGAGUCUGUAUGGUCAGGACGUGAUAUGUGCAUUUGAUCUUUCUAGUUUCAACAGAGUUUGUGAUGUGGGAGGAGGUAGUGAUGCCUUUGCCAAACAAUAUAUUUCAUGUUACCCAAAUUCUACUGUGACCAUUUUUGACCUCCCUAAUGUGGUGGAAAGGGCUAAGAAGCAUUUUGUGCCCUCAGAGGAAGACAAGAUUACUUUCCAAAGUGGGGACUUUUUUAAUGAUCCAAUUCCUGAAGCUGAUCUAUACAUUUUGGCUAGAAUUCUCCACAACCAGGAUGAUGAGAAGUGUGUGGCUCUGUUAACUAAAUUACACAAGGCCUGUAAACCUGGUGGUGGUGUAUUAUUAGUGGAGACAGUUCUCAACGAAGACAGAAGUGGGCCUUUAGCAGCCCACAUUUACUCCAUAGUGAUGCUGCUUGUCUUAGAAGGAAAAGAACGGACCCUAUCCGAGUACAGUACACUCCUUGUUGCAGCUGGAUUCAAGGAUGUUCAGUUCAAGAAAGGACAACACUAUGAUGCUGUUUAUGGAAGAAAAUAAAAGAUUUUAAAUUUUAA